AUGAGCAGAGCUCUUAUUAGUCAGGAUGAAGAGAUUGAAAUUUAUACAUAUGAUAUAAACACUUUUGUUGUCAUUGGUAAUCCUCCGGUCCCAUACAAUAAACGUCAUAUAUCCAAACGUCAUUAUCACAUAUACAAACGUCGUCAUCCCAUAAUUUAUAGAAAACGUGGUGAUUCGGAAAAUUCAACGUCUUCUGCAUCAAUCUCGGAAAAUGGGAAUUGGUGUUCCACA